AUGGAUAGAUUUAAUCCUCUUAGAAAUAGAAGGCUGUACAACAACAAUCCCGAGCAGCAGCGUAGCCUUUCUUUAGCACUUGCAAAUGGUGGCUGUAUUGGAGGACUAUUCAAUGAUGGUAACACAUGCUUUAUGAACUCGGUCAUACAAUGUUUAGCAUCUUCCAACGAAUUAUGUGAUUUUUUGGACCUAAUCACAAAGUCGGAAGAUAGAUCUUUCUCAAAAGAGCUCAAACGCCUAAUAGACAAUCUCAACAGUAGACACGGGAAGAAAGUCGUCACAUACAAGACGAAUCGACUGCUCAAAUCCCUUACUAACGGACCAAAUAAGCGUCUGUUCUUAGGCUACGACCAGGAAGACGCUCAGGAGUUUUACCAGCUGAUAAUGCAACAAUUGGAAAAGGAUAUCAAACCCGACCAGGAAAAAAAGCAGAAAGAAGUGAAUCCUAGGGACCUUUUUGUUCCUAGAACGAACGAUAUGGUGUACGGUUUAGAAACCCUUGGAGCCCUUGGAAAAUGUUACGUUCCUGCGUUGCAAGUGGAUCCCUCAGCUGUUGAUGCCGAGGAGAAAGUAUAUCCGCUAGAGCUACUAACCCCAGUAGAUGGACUUUCAUGUGAAAGAAUUGGAUGUCUAACGUGUGGUGAAAUGGGAGGAAUCCGCUAUUCUACGAUAUCUGGUAUCGGUUUGAAUCUACCGAGUAGUAAACAACCAUCAAUCUCUCUAACAUCUUUGCUGGACACUUGGAUUGCUCCAGAAGUCAUUGAAGAUGUGGAGUGUGUUCGGUGUGGCCUUCGCCAAAUUAAACAAUUUGUUCAGGGUUCUCUUGAUGCUGCAAGCAAUGAAAAACUCAGAGCCGUGUUUCAAUCCAGAAUAGAUGAGAUAGACUCCGAACUUUCAAAACCCGUCAUAAACGAAGAAGUUUACAAAAAAUUGCAUACCAAAAACAUGAUCAAAAAAUCCAAAAAAGUGAAGCAGAUAUUCUUUUCUCGUCCUCCACCUCUAUUAUGUGUUCAUAUAAACAGAUCGGUUUUUGAUCCUAACACCUAUAUGAUACGAAAGAACAAUGCCAAAGUUGUUUUUUCUGAAAGACUAGACCUCUCCAACUAUGUGGCCGUGCCAGAUGAUGUUAACAUGGAUGCCAGACUGAGUUUCAGAAAACAAGAUCAAGGAAAAGAAAAAUCCUGGACACAAGAGUUUUCAGAAGAAGAGCACGGGAUUCAAGAUCAAGAUGAAGAUGACGUUACUGAUGUUGGCCCAUUAACAUAUUCUUUAAAGUCAAUCAUCUGUCAUUAUGGUACUCAUAACUAUGGUCAUUAUAUUGCUUUCAGAAAGUAUAGAGGCGUUUGGUGGCGUAUUUCUGAUGAAACGGUGACAGUUUCCGAUCUUCAAGAAGUACUGAAUACGUCGGGUACUUUCAUGAUGUUUUAUGAGCUCAGCCAAAGGAAUGAUGAUAGGGACACUAUAAAGUCUAUAGAUUUCAACAACGUCGAGAUCACAGACCCCUCUGAAGAGGUCAAAGGACAGGAGACUGAUCACAGAACAAGAUCCAACCAAUUAACAACCUCUGAUGUCGAUAUUGAUGGCCUUCCUUCUGAUCUUGAGGCAGAUGAAGCAGAGGAGCAUUCUGACUCCGAGUCGCCAUCGGAGUCUGAGUCAGAUCAAGAAUCCGAAUAUCAACAACAAUUGGAUUCUGGUGAAAGCAUAAUAGGUAACUACAACAACGAUACAGAGAAUACCUCUUCUGAAGAAAAGGUGGAUCAAGCAUUGUUACAAGCUAAUCUAUAA